GGCUGAUCCUAGUUGGCUGCCUAUCGAUGCGCUCGGGUAUCCGGUGCGUUCUACUCUCCGCUGCUUUGGUCUGGCGGCCGCCAUUGCCCCGGUUUGUUAGUGCUCCGGCUGUCUGGCGCCACCGCACCGCCUUCCCGUCUCCCUCCCCGAGCUGGUAGCUCAUAAUCCGGGCAGCUCGGGGCCUCCAGGCUUCGCACCAAGAGACAGCGGCCUGCCGGGCCUCCCCCGCAUCCCCGGGCUGGAGUGAAGGCCUGCCGCCGCCGAGAGGCUUCCAUGAAGUCUGCUUGUCUGAACCUGAAUGUCAGCUACUGCAUUGUGUUCUGAGAAACUGCUGUGACAGCGCCAGUGGUGUCAUGAGGGUAGUGCCCGAAAAGAAUGCAGUCCGGAUCCUUUCGGGCCGUGAGCGGGGAACGCAGGCUCUGGGAGCCCAACGUCUCUUACAGUGUCUGGUGGAGGACAAGACCCGCUUCAUGAAAUGGGAGGGCAAGAAGGUGGAGCUUCCCGACAGUCCGCGUUCUACAUUCCUACUGGCUUUCAGCCCAGACAGGACAUUGCUGGCAUCCACCCACGUGAAUCACAACAUUUACAUCACAGAGGUGAAGACUGGACGCUGUAUCCAUUCUCUCGUUGGACAUCGUCGCACUCCUUGGUGUGUAACGUUUCAUCCCACCAUCCCAGGACUUAUUGCAUCUGGUUGCUUGGAUGGGGAGGUUCGAAUAUGGGAUUUACAUGGCGGCAGCGAAAGCUGGUUCACAGACAGUAACAAUGCCAUUGCAUCCUUGGCCUUCCACCCUACUGUUCAACUACUCCUCAUUGCCACUGCCAACGAAAUCCACUUCUGGGAUUGGAGUCGACGAGAGCCAUUUGCUGUGGUGAAAACGGGCAGUGAAAUGGAGCGUGUGCGAUUGGUACGAUUUGACCCCCUUGGGCAUUUUCUUCUCACUGCUAUUGUGAACCCCUCUAACCAGCAGAGUGAUGAAGAGUCAGAGAUUCCCCUGGACAGUGCUGAGAUUCCCAUAUACCGUCAGCGCUCCUUAUUGCAGACCCAGCCGGUACGCAGAACUCCGUUGCUGCACAAUUUUUUGCACAUGCUCUCUUCUCGUUCCUCGGGCACUCAGGCUGGUGAACAGCCACCUGUGCAGGACUCUGCUACACCAUCUCCACCUCCACCCCCUCCUCCUCCUCUUCCUCCCCCAACCACAGAGAGCAAUCAAAGGCUCAUUUACACUCGCAUUCGAGCCACAGGUGUGAAUGCUCCUUGCUGCCAGGACCCAAACAUGCUGUGCCUCUGCAUCCGAUGCUCCAGUGCACGACUGAAUUCUCAGCUGUUUCCCCAUCCUGAAGCACCAGGUGCGCCCUCCACCUCUUCAGGGGUUACCUCCACGUCUUUUUCCCCAGUACAAACUGAGCCCCCACAUUCUUUGGAAAGGCAGCAGCACCAAUCCUCUGCUCAGCAUGAUCAUGGGCUUCUAAGCCGCCCUUCUGCUUUCAGCAGUGUUCAUAGCAGCACAGCUGGAAACACACUGCGCAAUCUGAGCCUGGGGCCCACACGCCGCUCACUUGCAGGGCAGCCAUCCCGCUACCAGCAGCCCUCUACUGACAUAUUGGGGUCUGAUUGGACACGCACAGUGCUGAACAUAUCACCACGGACUGAACUCGAGCCUAUGCCUCCACCCAGGACGAGUGCCUCCUCUGUUAGCUUGUUGUCAGUUCUUAGACAGCAAGAAGGAGAGGCUUCUUCUUCUGUAUACACAUCUGCCACAGAAGGGCGUGGGUUCUCCAGCUCAGAGCCAGAGAGCUCAGGAUCUCAGCCUUCCGUCCACCCCACAGCCACCCGAACAGAGCUACAGUGUGAUUUAAGGCGCUUCUUCCUUGAAUAUGAUCGGCUACAUGAGCUGGAACCAGGAGCACCCGGUCCUGCACAGGGACAGACUCAUGAGAUGCUUAAUAAUAACUUGGAACCUGAGCAGCCUGGUACUUCUCACCAAACCAACCAGGCACAUGGUGGGGAAGCCAGCACUAGUCAGCCAAGAGGGCACUUAAACCGCUGUCGAGCAUGCCACAAUCUGCUGACCUUUAAUAAUGACACACUGAGGUGGGAGAGGACACCACCAGCUUAUCCAGAGCCUGCAGGGACAUCUGCUUGGCAGCCCCCACCAGUACCCCCUCCUAGCUCUUUUCAGGCUGGUCUUGCCGCUGGCAGCACAGAGCAGCCUGGGACCACAGGAGCGGAGAGAGCAGAUAUAGGAAGCAUUGCGGGCAGCAGUGGUCGUCUGGAAACUGGGGCAAACCAGGAAGAGAGAACAGUGGGUGUGGUAUAUAACCCUGAAACUGGACACUGGGAAAGGGUCUACAGCCAACCAGCAUCUGUUACUAGAGCUCCGAAUGUAUCCCAAGAGGCCUUACCGCAGGAUCUGCCAGAGGAGAGCACAGAAGAGGACUCUCUCAGGAGGAGGCUUCUCGAGUCCUCACUGAUCUCACUGUCCCGUUACGAUGGCACUGGAUCUCGGGAACAUCCGAUUUACCCUGACCCAGCCAGAUUGUCUCCAGCCGCUUACUACGCACAAAGAAUGAUCCAGUACCUGUCUCGGAGGGACAGUAUCAGGCAGCGUUCCAUGCGAUACCAGCAGAACCGUCUGCGUUCCUCUGCAUCUGCCCCGUCAUCUACUGAAGGCCAGGGAGCUGUGGAAACUGGGGACCUUGAAUUUGAAGAGUUUGAGGAUAAUGGAGACCGUUCUAGGCACCGGACUCCAAGAAACGCACGUAUGUCGGCUCCAUCACUAGGUCGCUUUGUUCCAAGGAGGUUUCUGUUGCCAGAAUACCUGCCGUAUGCUGGAAUUUUCCAUGAGCGAGGUCAGCCGGGACUUGCCACUCACUCUUCUGUCAAUCGAGUUCUAGCAGGUGCUGUGAUCGGAGAUGGUCAGUCUGCAGUGGCCAGUAACAUUGCCAAUACCACAUACAGGUUGCAGUGGUGGGACUUCACCAAGUACGACCUUCCAGAAAUCAGCAAUGCCUCUGCCAAUGUGCUUGUUCAGAACUGUAAGAUCUACAAUGAUGCCAGUUGUGACAUCUCAGCUGAUGGUCAGCUACUGGCAGCCUUCAUACCCAGCAGCCAGCGUGGCUUCCCUGAUGAGGGCAUCCUCGCUGUGUAUUCACUGGCACCACAUAACUUGGGCGAGAUCCUCUUCACGAAGCGUUUUGGUCCCAACGCCAUCUCGGUCAGUUUGUCCCCCAUGGGCCGGUACGUCAUGGUGGGACUGGCUUCCCGCAGGAUCCUGCUACAUCCUUCCACAGAGCACAUGGUGGCUCAGGUCUUCCGGCUUCAAAAACCGCAUGGAGGAGAGACCUCUAUGAGACGUGUCUUUAAUGUGCUUUACCCAAUGCCUGCGGACCAAAGAAGACACGUCAGCAUCAACUCUGCCCGCUGGUUGCCUGAGCCUGGGCUAGGAUUGGCAUAUGGUACAAACAAAGGUGACCUGGUGAUAUGUCGGCCCGAGGCCUUUGACAAUGUUUGUGAUCAGUUUUGGGAGCAUAUGAAUGAAGCAAUCCUGCAGCACAAUACUCCUAGGAGCAGUGAGAGGCCUGGAACUAGCCGCCCUUCGUGGAGGUCAGACAGGGACAUGGGAUUGAUGAAUGCAAUUGGCCUCCAGCCUCGGAAUCCCAGCACUUCAGUAACCUCCCAAGGCACACAGACCCCGGCUCCCCAGCUGCAGAAUGCAGAGACACAAACUGAAAGGGAGGUGCCCGACACCCGGCCCACACUGCCCAGUGGUAAUGGUUCUGGUGGAGACGAGGCUACAACUUCCAGCGGUGGCUCAACGGACACAGGAACAUCAUCGGAGACGCCUGACGGAAAUUUAGAGUCUACAGAGGUGCCUGGCACAGGAGAGGGCCAGGAGGAUGCUUUGAGCAGGAUUCAGCGGCUCAUGGCAGAAGGAGGAAUGACAGCCGUGGUCCAAAGAGAGCAGAGCACAACUAUGGCCUCUAUGGGGGGAUUCGGCAAUAACAUCAUCGUGAGCCACCGCAUCCACCGCGGUUCCCAAACUGCAUCCGACUCUGCCUCCCGUGUUUCCACCCCACAUUCACCGCAGCCCUCCACCUCCAGAGAAUCCGUGGCAGAGCUUCAGCGACACCUCUCCCCACCUCCAUCUCUUGAGCCGCUGUACCCUGAGCUGCUGUCAAAUAACAAUGAUGGAGACCUCGAGCUCCAGCCUCCCAGCAGCGGCUCCGUCCCUAGUGUUGAGAGGUAGAGACAUCAAACUACCAAUCUGGUACUGCUGUAAGGACAGACCCCUUCCUGCCUCACUUUUUUAAUUUAAAGUGAGGGGCUCUCAAGCUGUGGACAAUGGUGCUAUAGACUUGGAGGCAAAUUUAUUUGAUAAUUGACCCUCCAAGUCCAGGGAGGGAGGGGAAUGUGCAGAGCAUAGUAUGAGAAUUGUGAAAUUAGCAGCUAAAUGUGCUCAUGCAGCCCCUCUGCCCUGCUUCCCCACCUUAUACUCUGCCUUUUCUGUUGGUAAUGUUCAGAACGCAGAGAAAAGCCAUUUCCCCAUUAUACUUAAAAGGGUUUUUAUCCUCCCUUCCCCCCUCCUUAAAGGGAGAUUAGUGAGGUGACGUUCCAUCAGAGAUCCUUCGCCCGUGCCCCUUCCUGCCCCUCUAGGUUUUAUUUCUUUCCAAAGCUGUGUUGAAGAUGGAGAUAUUAGCACUAAAUAUCCCUGUGAGCCAGUGUCAAGUCAAGUGCAAGGAGCUGCUAUGAGACUGUUACUGCCCUCUGUGCUUUGACUGAAGCUCAAGGGGGCGCUGCAUGCACUACAGGAAGGGUGGGGCUGGGGACUCUGUACUCUGUGCAUCUUCUUCUCUCAUCAUGCAUGCCUGUUUGGGUGUCCUACAUCCUCUCCCAACCUCUCUUCAGUGCCAGUGACGCAAUGCUGAUACUUAAUAGAGCUUGGGAAAUGACGGCUGCUCCAUCCCAGCACAGGCAAUGCAAUGUUGACAGAUACGGAAUGGGGUUCUCUGUCAACAAGGACGCAAGGUUAUCUUCCGGUGGUCACAAAUCAAGAACCUGCCGCCCCACAAAGCUGAUUUUAUUGGGUUGCCAAAUAGGUUCAGAGAUAUGCUGCAUUUAGACUUGAGAUCUGCCUUUAAUUUUGCUUUUUUUUUUGGUUUUUUUUUUCUCCCCACUUUGCAACAGCAACCUUCAUAAUCUUGCAGUUCUAACCAGCCCUCACCUGUUUUCCCUGCGUCUACAAUGUGUGUCUGAUUACAAUGUAUGAAGUGUACCCCCCCCCCCUCCACCUUUCCCCUCUCCCCACCUGGACAGGUAUUCCCCUCUCUGUGAAUAUGUCUGCCCAAAUGAACAUGUAACCUUGCCAAAGGCCAGUAGAACAUUGUGUGUUUAAACCCUUCCCUUGCAGAACGAUGGGCAGUUCACGGAAAGCCCACCUGGGCAGUGACUGGGUUAAUGCAAGAUACUGUACACUUGACCCAGUUAUUUCUUUCUGUGCCCGACGCUUGCGCUAGCUCAUCCAGAUCUGUACACCCGCUGGCACUCUGAUGGGCCCUGUGGCUCGAGAGUUACUCAUGGGCUGCGAAUAGAUUUUGACAGUAUUAAAGAUAAAUGUUACAGAGGGUGUGGAUUAUAUUCAAGCUCUUGCAUGUGAAAUACUACAGUGAAAACAUACUUAAGAGCCUAAAGAAAAUUAGUGCUGCUGACCGCAGCUCCUACUCUCGGUUUACGCAGUCCUCCUCCUACUUAUCUCUCUACUACCCAGCAGGGAGUGAGGGAGACCUACACUGGGUAUCUGCAGGCGAGACGGCAGACAGGGCCCAAAUCUGUGUGGCCUUCUGUGUUUGCUCUUAUGAUACUCAUGUACAGCAUCAUGUGUGUUCCCUGCUGUGAAUUGCCCCAAUGCCUGCCUCAUUAUGUAGAAACAAGGCUUCAGUGCUGUUAUAAACGGCCCUGCAGAGCAUUCCUUAAAGCUUUAUUCCCAGUGAGCGUUUUUGUUUACUUAAUUUUAUUUUAAUUAUUUUAAUACCUGUGUCCUUAAUCUAAGAUGCAGAGUAUUAUUAUUCCUUUAUAUUCUGUAGCAUUGCAUACUGGAAAUACUCUGGUUACACCCCUUCCCAUACACAUCCCUUUCACAGAGGCCUGCAGAGCAUCACUCCAGUGCCCCGCUGUAACAUUCUAAGAAUUGCAGAGCAUUGCUCCAGUAGUCUGUAAUGCUUGGUUGGUUUUUUUGCCAUUGCAGUCUGUGUAACACUUUUUUUUUUUUUCAUUUUUAUUUUAAAGGUGCUGUGCAAAGCAUCAUUCUAGUAGCCCAUUGUGUCCUUUUUAGGGCAUGACUCAAUUCAUGUUAACAAUUGUUGAAUCUGCAGAGCAUCGCUCCAGUAAACCCUGUGACACCAAUGGAACUUUCCGAGUCUGAUUUUGGUCUUCAUUGCAUUAUUCCGAGACGAGUGGUGGAGUUUUAACAUUAAGCGUGUGGCAUUUUUUUUCUCUUCUUCAUGGAUGUGUGUGUGUAUAUGUAUGUGUGCCUUCAGCAGUUCAGGGGUAAUGCUUGAUGAUGUUGCACCCUCUCUGGUGCUGUCAUGCUGCCUUUUUCAGCUAGUUAGGUUAUUUUAAUUGGCUCCAUGUUCCCGCCUUUCCAUCGAGGCUACCCCAUACAUCCCAGGCCUCAACAAUCCUGGCUUUUUGAGCCUUUGAUAAUUGGUCUCAACUGAGAGGUCUGGCAGAAUGAGGGCGACUGAGACGGGCAGCUGUAAGCACUAUCAUAGCAACUUUCCCUGUGCCUUAUUCAGCAGCAGGCUUGUGAGAGGCAACACUUUUAUCCUUGUACAGUAGAACAUUCUUGGUUAACGCAGCGCAAAAAGAUUCUGCUCAUUCUUCCAGCAACUUUUCACCUUAACUCUGUUAACCCUUUGCAGUCCAUGCUAAGAGAGGAACAUGGACUGCAGAAAUCAUAUAAUGCCCAGUGCUUCUAUACAUAUAUAUUUUAUCCUUAAAAGGAACACAUUGUAUGGAUGUUGCAUUAAAAAUAUACGCGAAAAGUAAUUACGAUAAAAUAAGAUGCUGACUUUUUUUAAGUUCUGUAUUUGCUGCGAUUUUCCAGACUUGGCAGCUUCAACGGUGAGCUUUGGCUAGACCAGGAAACGGCUCAACCAAUCACGAUGCUCACGUAACAUUCUAAAUUUCCAGUGCUAAAUCAAUAGGACAUUUAAUCAUUCUUCACAAUUUCCACAAUAAACCUGUUUUUUUUCCGGCAUUUGAUUGAGCGGUGAAGACUGUUCAGUGUUUGAAUGGUAAUAGAAUGCUCAAAAUGCCCAGAGAAAGUCCAGAUUGGUUAGAAUUUUAAUUUAUAUUUUUUACUGUUAUGAAAAAAUAACAUGCUAAAUUUAUUCAACACAAGGUUCCGGGAAUUUUGUAAAUCUGUAUAUUAUGCAAUGAACAAGUAGAAUGUUGAAAACAC